AUAUAAACAAGUUCAAAUAAAAUUAUAAAGAUAAAAUUUAGAAUGCAUUAUGCCUAGAGUAAAGAAUAUAAGUUUAAGAUAGCAACACACCUCCCAUAAUGUAGCUCCAGCACUGAGUCAUCCAUCUGAUCAUGCCCAUGAAAAGUAACUGAAGAAGACCUAGCCUGUCAAAGCCUCGACGCUGAUAAUAAUUUAAUAAUCUUCAGAUGGAGUGAUACAUGUGGAAGUUAGUGGUUGGCUGCUCUGUUUUUUGUCGUUGAGUCUUAUUCGAUCUUUGAGUUUCUCAUUCUUAUUUGUUGAUUUCUUGUUCAAUUUCUAUUUGACCUGGGCUUUUAUGAUCGGCAGGUCUGUAAUUUGCCUUUUAGUAUUACAAAUGUUUAGGUGAGCCAACAAGUGCUAGCUCUUCUUUAGUAUUCUGGUUCACAGUGAGAAUGUACUGAUAAAUGUUAAUGAUUGUCUGUCUUUGUACAUAUAAAGCUGUCACAGUGAGAUGGUACUGAUAAAUGUUAAUGAUAAAUGGUUCACAGUGAGAAAGUAUAUCUUGUGAUUCUGGUUCACAGUGACAAAGUAUAAGUCUGCUGCAUCUUUGUACAUAUAAAGCUGUCACAACAAAUUUGUAUAAUCUGAAUUUGGUCAUGUACCCUUAAAGUAACUCUCGAGUUCCUGAUUCAUCUUAAUCAAGCUAAACUCUCUUAUUUUAAGCUCCUGAUUAGUUGUUGAUUUACUUUUGUUGCGUUUUUGUCACUUUGGAGUUUGUAUAAUCUGAAAGAUUUGCGUUUUUGUUGAUUUACAACUUGGUCCCUUCUUACUUCUUAGCUUCGAGACUCGAGAUUCUUAUGUGGUUUUUGUCUUCCCUUUUAGAUUCAUGUGCAAGAUUUCUUCUUCUAAAGCUUACAUGCGUGUUAUUUUUGUGUGAAACCAUAUUAUUAAGGCGGACAAGCAACUAGAUAAGGAGUUGAAUAUGACCACACCAUCCCCUCGAUCAACAUCCUCCCAAGCAUCAACCACUCGUACCUAUGUUGUUACCGACAAGGAUCGUGAGAAGGUAACAUCUACUUGGAUGCGUGUUAUGAGAAAAAAAGCUAUGGGAAUGCAAAAGACGGGUGAUACCAUCUCCAUAACUAUCCCGGAAAGCGUGUUUCUUAACGAAAAUGGGUUGGAUGUUUCACUUGACUUUGAAGACUUGCUUGAUUGGUGUUUCCAAAGGGAGGUCGGACAAUCGCAAAUGAAGGUCUUCAUGAAACACCUAAAAGAACGUUAUCAAAAAGAAGGUGUCUCGGGAAUGUAUGGGUUCUGUGACUGUAAUGUUCUUUCACCAUUGACACCGACAACGGAUGAGCAAGUUCGAUCUGACUACUUAGCCCAUGUUUUUGGAACCAAUGAGGGGAAAAAUGUUAAUCAAUUAUUCUUUGCUCCUUAUAAUGACAAUCUGCAUUGGACGUUAGCGGUGAUUAGUCCAUGGAAUGGGUUGGUGUAUUGGUUAGAUCCACUUGGAGCAGAAAACGAAAUCAACUCAUUUGCACAAAAAAUCAUCAAUGAGGGAAUAGUUAAAUUCAGCAUGAAGCAUCGAAAAGAUAUCAAGAAAAUAAAAAAGAAUCCAAAAAUAGGGUGGAAGCAACCACGUUGUCCUCUACAAUCUGCAUACACAAAGCAUUGUGGUUACUUUGUAUGUCGCUAUAUGCUGGACAUUAUACAGAACAGAGUAUUAUGGAUUUCUGAGCAGAUUUUUCCCAAAGAUCCUUGCACAUAUUCUUCAGAAGAAAUUGACGAGAUUAGAGACUUAUGGAUUCAAUAUGUUCUUGAUCAUGAGGAGCCGGAAGAACCUUAGUGAUUGGUAAUUACAACAUGAUUACUGUUAGUCUUGAUACUUGAAAAAUCUCUACAUUUUGUAUUUUGAUACAUUACAUUGGCAAUUAGCUAUUACUGUGUACAUAUAUUAGUACUG